UACUAUAGAAGUUCUUUAUAUUACUGCCAUAAUAGAACUAUUUCUCAAACCUAACUACAACUAUCUAAUAAGUUCGUUUAAAUAACAGUUGUACCUACACACGCGCGCGCGCACACACACUGAUACAGAGGGGAAAAAUUAACGAAAGCGGGACGGGAGAACGUAGUUAGCAAAAUGAAUUAAAAAAAACAAAAACGUCAUUGGGCUUAUGGUCUUUUUUUAAAACAUAAAUUUCGAAAGAUCAAAUUCACUCUGACAGACAUAUUCACUGAGUAUACUCUAAAUACUAUUUUAUGUUUAAUAAAUUCCUGUUUGAUACAGACUGUGUUACCUAAAGAUGAUUAAGGUAACAUUUUCCAAAUAAGAAAUAUAGAUACGUUGUGCAAGUGCUUAUUAUAUGCACUUAGGCGUUGAGCUCUAUUCGCGGAAUGUAUGUUUAUAUUGUAAAUAGUCAUAUUUGAGCUCUAUAGAGAAAUGGAAAGAAGCCGAAUUUCAAAGUGAUAAUGAAGAAACCUUCAAAUAAUUCAUUCAGAUUUAUAAUGUCGUUUAUUGAUGGAAGUUUGGUAAAAAACGAACAGAAAUUCCGUGAUGGACAGCGCACUUUCCUACUUCGCUCAGUAUCUGUGCAACUUGGAGAAAUUUGAUGAAUUCAAAAAUUGGCUUGAUAACUUGAUCAAGUCUAAACCAUUGUUAUUUGAAGAGCUAAAAGAGGACGAAGAUUUCAUAUUUUGUAUUAUUAGUUUACGAAUUCACGAAGAAAAAUUCUGCGAAGCUUUUGAACUAAUUGAGAAUGGAAAAUUUACAAACCCAGAAAGAUUUAUUUCACUUUGGGAUAAAGCUCACUAUAAAUUAAAAGAAAAAGAAAAAGGUUAUCCGUUAACCUCGCUUCUGCGUUUCAGGAGCAGAAAAAAACAUCCACCACCUAAAAGUAUUUGUCCAAGUGGUAAGAGGCCUUCAAGUAACUUACCUGAACAUGCUCGUCAAACAUUAAAACAGUGGUUUGAUAAACAUGCUGAUUAUCCUUAUCCAAACGAAAAUGAAAAAAAACAAUUGGUGGAACAGAGUGGUUUGAUAUUAUCUCAAGUGAAGACUUGGUUUGCCAAUACCAGACGUAGAAAAAAGAUAACAGCACCAAAAUCAAAUUUAAAAUAUGGAAAGAUUAUGAAAAAUUACCAUCAGUAUAAUUGCUCCUCACAAAUAUUAACUGAUGAUGUUCAUUAUGCUUUAGAUACUUCUAUGAAGAAAGUUGGGUUGUAUCCUGAUGAAGAGAAUGUUGGUCAGAUAAAGAUGAUAGAACAAAAUAAAGAACAUGGUUACUGCUUAGAAAAUAAAGAAAUGAAAAUCAAGUCAGACACAGAAGAUUCUCAUGAAACAAAGCAAUUAAAUUCAAUAUUAUUUGAAAAUGCUUAUCUUGUUUUACAAACCCAAAACUUUGACAUUCCAAAAGAAAACAAUUUUUGUCACUUUGUUUCUGAGCAGAAUGUAGAUACUGUCGGAAAUGCUUGUAAUACUUAUAACUUACCAAUAGAUGGUGAAUAUCCCGAUAAUUUGAACAUCCUUCAGAAUUGUGCAGAAAUUAAAAGCAUUGAAAAUGAUUUAUUUCCAAAUGAAAGCAGUGAAGCUGUUACUUUUAUUCCAAAUGACACAGUUUUGAUGCCAAAUAUUAACCCAACUCUGCCAGUCACUCUGUGGCAAUUGCCACUUCUACCUCCAGAUUGCCUGAUGCCUUUUACCAACCAGAAUAUCACCACAAACUCAAAUUGGCAGACACCUGACAAUUGUAAAUUUAUUUCUGACCUUAACAAUACUUCAUUUAUUCACUGUGACCAAACCUCUCAAUGUGCUGAUAGUAAGCAGUUCGUUCCUGAUACACCCAGAAAAAACAGCCAACAGACAGAAUAUGAUGUUUCAGAUAAUGCAAGGAACAUGAUGUCACAUGAAAUGUUGAAUAAUUCACAUCAAGAUAACGAAGAUCCAAAUAUACAUAAUAUAAAAUUAUCAACAAGCAUACCAAACAGAACCAACAUCAACAACAGCACCACCACUAUUAUAGAGUAUAAUAUUUGUAUUCCUCAACCAUUAAUGGAGAGAAAAGAGUCUCAGACAUGUGUGCCACCAAAACAAAUUGAAGAAGAAAUUGCUCAAGUUUUAUUAAAUCUCUCCACCAACUUAUUGGAAAAUUCAAAUUUCAAUGUUAAAAUUUAAAUUUCAUAAUUUGUUUACUUUUAACUUUUCAAGCUUGUUUGUUGAUAUAUGAAUUUAAUUUUCAUAAUUUAGUUAAAAAACAAUGAUUUCAGUAUGCUUAUUGAAAUAUGGUUUAAAUUUUAAUUGUCUAAUUAUGAAUUUGGAUUUCAACUUAGAUAAAUAUUAACUAUUUUGUAAUUUUCUCAAGUGGCAUGUUGGCAGAAUUGUUACCACAUCAGACAAAAUGCUUAAUGGCAUUUUUUUCUAGUUAGUUAUAUUCUCAGUUCGAAUGUCACCGAGGUUGACUUUGCCUUUCAACCUUUGGAGAAUGAUAAAAUAAGUACCAGUUGAGCAAUGGUGGCAAUGUAAUCAACUUAUCCAUCCCUCAAAAUUGCUGGCAUUGUGCCAAAAUUACAAAGUAUUUUGUAAUUUUCUUUUUUUAUUUUUUAUAUUUAAUUGCUUUGAGAACAAGUUAGAGUUGAUUUAAAUGAAUAACAACAAUAUAUUGUUGAUUCAAUCACUUACACUUUUUUUCCAUUUUAAUUGGGUUUUAUAUUCUAUAAAAAUUAUUUGUUUUGAUUAAUUGAAGAAGGGUGAAGUAAAUGCAUUUGUCCAUUUACUUUUCUUCCAUAUCUGCUUGUGUAUAAGAUGUGACUGUAUUAUGAAUAAGAUACAGACAAGUGUAUGAGCAUAUGAGGAAAUGUAUUGAAGUUGUAGGUGUUUUAUGUGAGUGUGUAUCUUACACACUGGCAAAUGUGGUAUGUCAGAUUUUUUUGUUUUUUUUUCAAAAACUGUCAGAUAUCUUUUAACUUUUUCUUUUAUUUUCCUAUAAAUUUUAAUAUUUAACCAACACUUCUCCCGAAUUAUUAACAUUAAAAGUUGGUAUAAAACAUAGUUUUGAAUUUUCUACAUGAAUAAUUUUACAUUCUUGAAUUUAUUUUUUUACAAAAAUAUUUUGACAAGUGAUUUAUUUCACUAUUUCUAACUCCCGAAGAAAAUUAUAUCUAAAAAUUAUUGUUUGAAAGUUAAUAUUUAAAUUGGAGUACAACUUUAACUUUAAAAUUUCAAAAAAAACUGCUUUAUGUGUAGUUUGACUUUGUAUUCUAUUUUUUCUUGUCCUGUGUGUUUUAAUUAUUUAAAUUUCUCCAUAUUACUUUCGAUUACUUCUUCCAGUUUUGUUUUUCCACCCCUGUAAAUUUAUGACUCAUCAGAUUAAAGCAAGCUCUUUGGUUGCGAUAUUGCUGUUUAAUAAAACUUAGAGUUUAGCCAAACGGUAACUGAUUGAAAGAAAUAUUUGAUCGACAUUUCUUGCAAUGAUGAUGCUAUUCAUUAUAGACCAUGCUAUUUUUUGUAACUUAAAACUUUAAAGACAAUACUAAGAUUUUUAUUGUGAACUAUGGCAACAUCAUUUUGCAAUUCUGGAAAAUAUAUCCGACUUAGUAUACUACUUGUUCUUUUAGGGUUGCCUUCCCUUGCCCUUCUUCACACAAAUUGAAAAUUAAGCUUUGUUCUUCUCAUUACUGGUGCAAUAUUAGCUAAUUUAAAUGCUUUGGCUCACUAUAUUGUUUGUAACAACUUAAAUUGUUUUUCAUGCAAAGACAUCCCUGGAUAAAUCCCAACCCCCUCCUCAGUCAUUCUUUUUGCUUGUUCACAGCUUACAAGUAUUUAUUCACUCAAACUUUAUUUAUCUCUUAGUCAUCUGAAGUCUUGCAGCACUGUUGAAAUCUAUGGUGUGCUGAUGAGGUAUAAUAAGACUGGUACAUGUCCAGAGUUGUUACAACUUUUGGGUUGUCUUCCUUGCAUAUGUUGACCAGAAUUGUAAUUACUCAGCUAUUUCCUCUGGCACACACUACAGUUGUAUUUUUGAUUAAAAUUUCUCGGUUCAUUAUAUUAAGUACAUUUCCGCUCCUUUAACUAUGCGUCUACUUUGUACAAUCAGCAAAAAUAAAUUACCCAUACACACUAAAAUGGUUCGUGUUAGAGAAGGCAUCCAGCCAUUGAAACCAUGGUAUGGCUAGCACUGGAGGUCAGCAUAGUCCUGCUGCUCAUGGGAUCUUGUCAAGCUUAAAACAGACCCAUUAAUGCUUCCAUACAAAGUUUUUCAGUGCUUGGAAUAAACAAUAUUGGCAUCUAAAAGUAGUGCCAUGGUGACAGAUCUACAAACUAAUGGCAGCUGGAUCAUGAGAGUCGGCAGACGACAAAAUGUCAGACAUAAGAGGUUCAAGCCUGUCUAAACACGUCAGUACAUUUUUAAUGGUUUAUAUUAAAAUUAUGAUAUAUCUUGGAAAUUCCUGAAUAAAGGAGUAAUUUUACUUUAUUAAUGGGCGAAAGAAAAACAUAAAUGAAAAUUUAUCAAGUUUACAAUCCAUUUAAGAAAAAUGGCACAAAUUUUUUUCUAACAUGUAUUUUUUUAGUUAAACUUUAUAUUUUUUUGUACCUUUUUUUUUUUUUACUCAAAAAUCAGAAUUGGUAGAAUGGGCAAAAUAUCUUAUAGCAUUCUGUUAUAUACCUUUAUGGUCUGAGUUCAAAUCCUGCUGUAGUUCACUUUAUUUAUCCUUUUGCAUAAAAUAAACACAAGUCAAAUACAGAAGUCCAGUGGUUCUCAAAAGGACAAAUACCAGCACUGACUCCACAUACUACUGAAAUUUUCUUCGCCUUCCCUCUUAACGAGAUGAUAAAAUAGAAUUUUCAUCCAAAUACUCCUUCUUUGUCAUGGAUUUGAACAAAUUCGAAAUGUUUCAGCCAUCUUGGUUUUAUUAAACAAAGCAAUUUGCUGCCCACUCCCCACCACCAUUUUUUGGUCCUCACUGUUCAACGUCCCUUGCCCACCCACUGCCCAUGUGAAACACCUUUGAUGUUGAUUCAAUCAACUACAUACCAGUUUUUUUCAUUUUUUGUCAAUUUUAGAAAUCAUUUUCAUUGUGUUUUAUGAAUUAUCAAAAGGACAAGAAGGAAAAAAAAUUGCAUUAAAAUCAUAAAAGAAAUCACUUAUAUUCUGACAAUAAAUAGGAUUUGGAAUCUCCUAUAUUCCAAAAUGAUAUUAGAAUUAACCUAAAAAUUCUAUUAAGUCUUAGCUUUAUUCCAUCUCCGAUGAAUAAUCUGGGGGGGGUGAGCAGAAGUAGGUACACAGUUGCUUAAUAUGAAAGGAAUGUUCUCUUUGAUUCUCUAUUUCCGUUUUACCUGAGUAAUUCACAAGUCAGCUAAGGGAUCUGCAGGAGAUGUCUAGUUCAUUGGCAGCCCCCUAUUUUUUUCUGGGGACUUUGAAUGAAUGCUUGAACCACAAGAACAUCCCAUUUAUAUUAAACAACUGUAUAUCUACUUUUGCCCAGCCCUGUAUAUAUAUUUUAAGUGUCAUUUUGUCUCUAUUAAGAUGUCAGAAUAAACACGAGAUUUAUUUUUAUAAUUCUUUCAGCUCAUUCACGUUUUCUUCAGCUAUGUUCCUAAAAUUAGGUUUAUAGUUUUUAGCAAAAGAUAUUUCUUGAAAAAUUCCUAAAUUUUUCUCAAACAGAAAACUCAAACUAGGUUUUCUUUUGAUUUUAAUAACACUUCUUUUUCACUUUCUCUUUUUUUUUAAGAGUUUAUUUUCUAUCUUAAAUGGUUUUGUUGAUUAGAUUUCUGUAUUUGGUUUGUGGUUUGCAAUGUUCUUGAUGUAAACUCAUUGAAACAGAUUUUUUUGCAUUUGAGAGGGUCAUUGUGCCAAUAAUGAACAUGCACUGGUACUGGUUCUAUUUCACUUCUUGUAUUAUUGGUCAAUUAGUUAACCAUUUAACAAAUUAACUAAUCAGUUGUUUGAUUAGUAAUUUGGUUAAUCAGUUGAUCAGUUAUGUUUGUCAAGUCGUUUUGUUUCUAUUCAUGACCUCUUCAUUGACAUGCCCCCUCUGCUCCAAGUCAGCUUCGGGUCUGUCUCUCUUCAGGUCAACUGACCUGGCGUUGAGAGAGCAUAACAAUGAUGAGUUUGUAAAUGGUAACAAAAGAACUUUGACAAAUAUAACUGAUUGAUUGAUUAACUGAAAGAUUAAUCAAACAAUCAAUUAGUUAACUGAUUAAUAAUAAAGAAGUGAAAUAGAACCAGUGUGUGUGUUAUUGGCAUAGUGACCCUCCCAAAAUAAAUAGUGUUUGUGUUUAAAGAUGUUAAUUGUUUUGUUUUCAAAUUAUUCUUUAUUUGAAAAUCUCAUUUUACUUGUUGACAUUGUUUUCAUAACAUAAUUGGAGCUUUUAUUUUUCAACUUUGAAUUUGUAUUUGUUUUCAGCUUGUCAAUUUUAAAUUUCACCCGGUCUGGGAAUUGAAACUGUGAUCCUACAACCAUGAGUCCACUGCUCUAACCACUGGGCCAUUGCACCUCCACAGUUAAACACUAGGUUCAAUAUAAUCAAUUCCUUCUGCACCCUUUCCUCAAAAUUAGAAAGAAUCAUUACAUUUCAGUCAAGACAGCGAGCUGACAGAAUCGUUAGCACAUUGGACAAAAUACCUUGUGGUAUUUGUUCUGGAUCCCUACAUUUUAAGUUCAAAGGUCAGCUUUGUAUUUCCUCCUUUCAAGGUUGAUGAAAUGAUAAAAUAUCUAUCAAGUACUUGGGAUUGAUGGUAUAGGCUUGCCCCAUAAUCUCAAAAAUUACUGGCCUUCUGCCGAAAUUUGAAACCAUCGUUAGUUUUCAGUAGGGGACAGAUUGGCAGAAUUAUUAGAGCAUUGGAGAAAAGGCCCUGCGUUAUUUGUUCCAGGACUUUACAUUGUGAGUUCAGAUCCUGCUGAGUCCAACUUUGCUCUGUCAUCCCUCUGGGGUCAAUAAAAUAGUGUCUCUAUCAAGUACUGGUGUGGGGUGGAGGUGGGGGUGAUAAAAAAUCAGCAAACCCAUUCUCUUCAAAAUUGCUGGCCUUGUGCCCAAAUAUGUAACAAUUGGUAGUUUUUCAGUUGAGUAAUGGACUGAGCAUCAAGGGAAAAUGCUGUGUGGUGUUUAUUCCAGCACUUUACAUUCUGAGUUCAAAUCCUGCUGAAGCCAACUCUGUCUUUUAUCCUUCUGGGAUAGAAUGUAUAAAAUACCAGUUAAGUACUGGGGUUGGUUUAAUUGACUAGCCUUUAAUUCCUCCACACCUCAAGAAAAAAACAUGCUGGUCUUGUGCCCAAAUUGGAAAUUAUUGUCGGACAAAGGCUGUAAGCUGGCAGAAUCAUAAACACACCAGACAAAAUGCUUAGCGAUGUUUGUCCUGUCUUUACAUUCUGAGUCCAAAGUCUGUUGAAGUUGAAUUUGCUAUUCAUUCUUUCUGGGUCGAUAAUAUGAGUACCAGUUGUACACUGGGGUUGAUGAAAUCAACUAUCACUGUCCCCCAAAAUUUCAGGCCUUGUGCUUAUAAUAGUAGACAAAAUGAUUGCUUAAAUGUUUAAAGCUCACAAUCUAAAUGAACCUUUUCAACAUAUGUUUAUUUUUAUUAAUAAAGUUUUAAAUAAUAGUUAUUUGUUUUAUGAUUAUUUUUAAGAAUAAAGUUUUAAAUAUUACGAUUGUU